CGCAUUUAAAGCGCGGACGAAGUUGAAGAAGACACGAAGACGAAGAGACACACACGACUUCUCGUCUGAUCUAUCAGUUUCAGAUUCAUCUCGGAUUCACUAGAUUGUCUUCUCUCCGGAAAAUUGAAGAUCUGGGUCCAUUACUCAUAAGCAAAGAGCUCUUAUAUAGCAAUGGACGAAAAUACUAAAUUUGUAUCCGGAAAUGGUAGUAGAACCGAAUUCGCAAAGUUUAUUGCUGAUAGACAUACCAAACUCAUGAAACAAGCUGCCCGAUAUUAUUCCGCACUUAAAGAUGCUAUGGCUCGUGGGAGAAGAAGAUAUUCGCUUGUAAAAGAUGCAGACGAUAUGGACACAGGAGCAUAUGACAAACCUCUUCCAUGCUUUGGUUGUGGAAUCGGAUGGUUCUCCUUUCUCCUAGGAUUUAUGUUCCCACUUUUGUGGUACUAUGCUGCAUUUCUCUAUUUCGGGAACUAUUAUCGUAAAGAUCCUAGAGAAAGAGCCGGUCUCGCUGCUUCCGCAAUCACUGCGAUGGGAUUCUCUCUAGUGUUACUCGUGAUUUUUGCAGUCCGGUGGUUAUACUAUCCUUAAAGAUAUACAAAACAAGUAACUGUGUAACUAUCAUUUAUACCUAAAAGUUCUGUGUUCAUCAAAGGAGUGGUCGCGGAACUCAUGUACAUUUACAUAAACCAAUGAUUUUUUACUUCUAUCUUUUUUUUUUUAUCAAGUUGUGUAUAAAUAUUUUUGUUCACAACUUAUAGAGCUUGUGUUGUACUCGUACAAAGAACAGAAAGAAACAACAUACAUGCAGUAGUUGUAUUGAAGCUUAUAUUAUAUUCGCUGGCGAUUGUUACUAUUGUCGUCUGAAUAAAGUCGGCGAGAUUGGAUUAUUAA